UUUCCUUUGCCGGAGUCGAGCGGGUGCUGCUAGCGGAGGCGCCAUAUUGGAAGGGACAAAACUCCGGCGACAGCGAGUGACACAAAUAAACCCCUGGACCCGUUCGUCCCCGCAGCAGUCAGGGCCGCGAUGUUGUACCUAGAGGACUAUUUGGAAAUGAUUGAGCAGCUUCCGAUGGACCUGCGGGACCGCUUCACGGAGAUGCGCGAGAUGGAUCUGCAGGUGCAGAAUGCGAUGGAUCAACUAGAACAAAGAGUCAGUGAAUUCUUUAUGAACGCAAAGAAGAACAAACCCGAGUGGCGAGAAGAACAGAUGGCAUCCAUCAAAAAAGACUACUAUAAGGCUUUGGAAGAUGCAGAUGAGAAAGUACAGUUGGCAAACCAAAUAUAUGAUUUGGUAGAUCGCCACUUGAGAAAACUGGAUCAGGAACUGGCUAAGUUUAAAAUGGAGCUGGAAGCUGAUAAUGCUGGGAUUACGGAAAUAUUAGAGAGGCGAUCUUUGGAAUUAGAUACUCCUUCUCAGCCAGUGAACAAUCACCACGCUCAUUCACAUACUCCCGUGGAAAAAAGGAAGUAUAAUCCAACUUCUCACCAUACAGCAUCAGAUCAUAUCCCUGAAAAGAAGUUCAAAUCUGAAGCUCUUCUGUCCACCCUUACAUCUGAUGCUUCUAAGGAGAACACACUGGGUUGUCGAAAUAAUAAUUCCACAGCUUCCUCCAACAAUGCUUACAAUGUGAACUCGUCCCAACCCCUGGCAUCCUAUAAUAUUGGCUCCUUAUCUUCAGGGACUGGUGCAGGGGCCAUCACCAUGGCAGCAGCUCAAGCAGUGCAAGCAACAGCCCAGAUGAAAGAAGGACGAAGAACAUCAAGUUUAAAAGCCAGUUAUGAAGCAUUUAAGAAUAAUGACUUUCAGCUGGGAAAAGAAUUUUCAAUGCCCAGAGAAACAGCUGGCUAUUCCUCCUCAUCGGCCCUCAUGACGACCUUAACACAGAAUGCCAGUUCCUCGGCAGCUGACUCCCGAAGUGGCAGGAAGAGCAAAAACAACACAAAGUCUUCAAGCCAGCAGUCAUCCUCCUCCUCCUCUUCCUCCUCUUCUUCUUCCUUAUCUUUAUGUUCAUCAUCUUCAACUGUAGUACAAGAAGUCUCCCAGCAAGCAACAGUAGUGCCCGAAUCUGAUUCCAACAGUCAAGUUGACUGGACUUAUGACCCCAAUGAACCUCGAUACUGCAUCUGUAAUCAGGUAUCCUAUGGCGAGAUGGUGGGAUGUGAUAACCAAGAUUGCCCGAUAGAGUGGUUCCACUAUGGGUGUGUUGGCUUGACAGAAGCCCCGAAGGGGAAGUGGUACUGUCCACAGUGUACCGCCGCCAUGAAGAGGAGGGGCAGUCGGCACAAAUAGAGCUGCUUCCCUGGAGGAAGGAAGAGCUUCAGCUUCAGUGUGGCGUUUAUACAGGACUCGGAAAGUCAGACACGAGGAAGAGAGACGACUCAUUGCCAGGCAACCACUCGAAGGAUUUACAUAGACAAUCCUAGAAGAUCUUGAACUUGAAUUUUAUGAGUUGUAUUUUAAUAAUGUAAGUAAAUUAUUUAUGCACUCCUGGUGUGCUAAGAAUAUUAUUCCAGUUAGCCUUGGAUUAUUUCUGUGGCCAACAUAUGCAGACAUUUGUACUCCUCAACCAUUUUCUCAAAGUAAUGGGCAUUCUAUAAUUUAAACUUCAAAGAAUUCCAACGAUGAAGAUUUUAAGAAAGUAUUUUAUAUUCAACAGGUAUAUUCUGCUGCAUGUACUGUACUCCAGAGCUGUUAUGUUACACUGUAUAUAAAUGGUUGCAAAAAAAACAAACAAAAACAAAAACAAAAAUACAAAAAAAAAGUCAGUCCUUCUAAAAAGGAUUUGCGAUAAUGGUUUUUAAGAUGCCUUUAUAAUAAGCUUUGUUUCUUUGUGAAACUCAUUCAGCAGGCUGAAGGGAUUGGUUCAUGUCAUAAAGUGGGCUGGUGACCUCUAGAGUACCUGGGUACAUAAACAGAAACUCCUGUAGGUGAAACCUGAUUCGUGCCAUUAGUCUAUAUGUUCUGCAUCCAGAUAGAGUGCAGCUCAAGAGGGUGGGGGUGGGGGCCUAUGGGGGAAAGGGCGUUAAAGUGAUACAUUUUUAUACCAAAUGUGUUUAUUUUUUUGUGCGAGUAAUCCUUAAAUUGGAAUUGUAUUAGGUGUUAAAAUAAAGUUUUUAAAAAAAUAACUUGUAUUUAUACUUUACACACUUAAUUAUGAAAAUUUCUUAAUUGCAAUUUAUUUCUAAUUUUCAUAAUCUAAAAAAGAUUAGUGGUUAGCAUGCAGAAUGCUAUGUAAUCUAUGAUUUCUAUAAUAAUGGUUGGAAAUUGUGUUAUGAGAAUAAGGGAAGGACAUUUUUAAUGUAAAUUGGAAGUGUCAAAUGUAUUUUUCUAAGAUAUUUCUCUGGCUUUGCUUUGAAUCUAAGGGAUAAAAAAGAAACCUAAUUACAGCAGAUAAAUGGAAAUAAUGACUGUAGAUGUUUGGAUUGGAAUCAGUGUGGCCAGUAUGACUAAAGAGACCUUAAACUUCAGCUCUGUGUUUAAUUCUAUGAUACCGUGAUGUGGCAGUUAAUUCAAGUCUUUAUCACCCUGGGCUUCGUGAAACCAAAGUACUGCUUGUUGUAGAUGUCUUCAGAGCACUCCUGAGGUCUUCUUCUAUAGGUGCUAAUGACUGAUGGACUGUACAUAGUGGAGGGUUCCUUUAAAAUACGUUCUGUGUGGUGGGUAGGAAAAAUUGUUGAAAUUUCAAAGAUAGUUAUUAUAUCAUAGUUCCUUUUUAUUGAAAUGUAUGAAGUCCAUCAGAUUUGUGUUUUAAUGAAGCCCACUUGUGAAUCUUUUAGAACUUAAUCAAAAGACAGUGUUAAAUCUAUGUAGUGCUACCUAAAGGGUAGAGCUUUAAUACAUCUUAGGAGCUUUGUUCAGCUCUAAGAUCCUGUGGUGCGGAACUGCCACAGGCUACUUUAUAACUGUUGUUGGCCCCAAAGACAGGUUCAUAUGGUCCUUAGUAUUUUAUAUCAUCAAGGGUGUUGUGAUUUCAUGAUAGUGUUUUCAUGGAGAUUUCAUAGGCCUUGAGAAAGGUAUAACAAUUGUGUUCUGUUAGCUCAGUCAUAUGCUAUCUGGAGAUUCUUAGAUGAAAGGCAUUUACAUCCUGUAGUCACACAGUGUGGCUUUUCCAAACUCAUUGACUCUAUGAGAACUGGCUAGAGGAAGUCUAUUUUGAGAGAAAGCUCCUUGUCAAGUCAGGAGCAUCCCUGAAUUCAUUUGCUACAGCUCUCUCAUUUCCCAAGUUCUGCCUACUGAGUCACUUAGAAAACACGUUAGCAAGCUUUGAGACCAAGCAUAGAUUCUCUUACCAACUGUAUAUAAAGAAAUACACCAAAAUUUUACAUUAAAUACUUAGAAAUGAAUAGAACCUGUCACUAAAUGGUAUAGCUGUGUAUAUGUGUAGUAUAUGCAUACAUACAUGGCCAAGCAUGGAACUACCUCAUUAAAGCAUCACGGCCAGCAGUUAACAUUCUUUGUUACAUAUACACCAAGGACAUUCAGAAUCUUUGUUGUACAAAACUUGUGUAACAGUGGGUGGCACAAAAGGCCCAAGUGUGAGUUCACAGUUUAUAGGUGGUGAAAAAAAAAUGAGGCCUUACUGCUGUAGUGUAUAUUUAAAUGUUCAUGGUGACACAUUUGAAGCAAUAAAUGGCUUAAUUAAAUGCCUACAUGAA